CCUCAUCAUAGGCCCAGCCCAACCGUCAACCACUAGCAAGGCCAGCUGCUACAUAUAGGAGACAAAGGGCAAAACUAAACUCAUCCAGAAGGAUCACGGCGGCGAAACGGUCUUCCCAGUCUCCUUCGUCUAUCUCUCGUCCUCUUUCCUCUGUAAUCUGAAUUGAGCGAAGCUUGUAUCUCGAAUCCAUAUCGAAUUGAGUGAAUCCCUAGAUGAUACCUAACAGAGCCCUAUUGGAGCCGUCUCCUAGCCCCACGCCGACGCGGCCAAGCUCUGGUGCUUCCCCUAGUGCUUACUGGUUGCUGGUACCUCCGUCGGUGACUCAUCACAGAAUAUGUGGAUAUCCAGUCGACGAGAUGAUGCCGAUGCAGCCAGGGAUGAAGCUAACACCACAGAUGCUAAUGAAGCAAACACCAUGGAUCCAGCUUACUUGUACGUGCUGGAUGAAUUUUUCUGCCGAGGAUGACAUCUUAGAAUCUGUUGCUGAGGAGAUCAUGGUUAAUUUGUAGUCAGGCCUUGAAGCUUUUCAAGCAGGAGCUUCUGGCAGCAGGGGCACUCCAAGGAGGUACGUGAACCGGCCCCUGAAGGAAUCCACCAACAGUAGUACAUGAUUAUUUCAUCGAGAAGCACACUAGGUGACUGGUAGCCAUUUUCCACCGCAAGGGUAGGAGAAAGGAGAAACAAGAGAGAGAAAAUAGUCAUUAGUUCGUCAAUGGAGGAAAGGAGCAGUAGCUCCAUUUUCCUUCUCCCACCGCAUGUCCUGAGAAAAGAAGGUCCUUUGUCUAUCCUGCUUUCGCCGGAACAAUGGCAGAGCACAGGCGGUUCGACAGGCGGAGUCAAGGCUGCCUUGAGGGCCUGUUCAAUUUCCUUUCCCUCAACCAAAAAUUGCAAAUGCCAAAAACGAUCGCACAUCAAAAGCAUGGAGAAAUAAAUGACAAUGCACUUAGAGUAAAAGUUCCGAAGCCCAAAAGGGACACAGAUAAAGAAGAGACUGUUCUGAAGGAGACUAAGCCCAACAUGUUUAUGUGGAAGACACUCUUGUUCAGGAAGAAAACACACAAGAAAGAUCAAAAGAAGAAUGACUCGCAUUCCAACUCGCAUGCCAACUUGCCAUCACCAUCACGUUUGACGCGCUCCAGCUCACCAUCAUCAUCACGUUUGACACGCUCCAGCUCAAUCCAUCAUUCAAAAUGCUUUGAUUACGUGGUUCCUGAUGAUUUGGCUUCCGAGUAUCAGAGAAUGAAUGAACUGAGUUCCAACGAGACAGGCUCUAGUCAUCGUGCACAACAGUCAUCACAUGAGAGCCCUCAAGGUCCUGUUUUUCAGGAGUCGUGCAAGCCUCGUGAUAGCAUAAAUGGCAAGCAUAUAUUGGAUGCAGAAUCACCAUGCCAGACUCUACCGGAGAAAGUUCCUAGUGAAAAUGAGGUCUCCUCUAAGCAGAAAAAUCUUGAUGAUUCAACACAUCAGUCGAAGGAGUUCUUGGAUUUCCUUGAAUUGUUCAAUGCACACAGGGAACUAUUUCUGAAGAUUCUUCAUGAUCCUUCAUUGCUAGUACCACCUGAACAGCAAGAUCAAGAAGCUUCCUCAAGCCAUGGGGUACCGAUGAGUAAAUUAGAAUCAUUCCCAAGACCAGGAGGAUCAUCAGGGAAGCGCAACCCAAUAUUUGAUCGGAGUGAUAGUGAGAAAAGUAGAAGGGCGGAAAUUCAGAGGUCACCGUCAAGGCCUAAAGGUGACCUAGAAGGCGCAAAAGUCAUCAGUGCAAGGAUGCCUAGUGGCGUUGAGGCCUCAACAGUUUCUCUUGUAGAAUCAAGAAGCCUAAAGAAAAAUGGAACCACUUCCAAUCGAUUUAAAGCUAUAAGUAAGAAGAUCAAAGAUGUCGUAAAGGAUAACCGAAGAGAGCUUGCUAGGAUUACAAAGGAUGGAGUUUUUCAUAAAAUGCCCUAUGGCCAAAAGAUGGUUGAAUUAACCAAGACCGCCUCCACGAAGAAAUUUGUCCAGGAGGAGAAACAAAUACGAAGAUCAUACUCUAUUGCAGAAUCAGUAGACAAGUACUCAACACUCUAUGAUUCGAUAUCGAGGGAAUCAAAAUCUUUUCAAGAAAGACCAAGCACUAGUACUGCACUGGAAGAUGGUGCAAGCUUACAUGUUAAGAAGUCACCGAUGCACAUGAAAAGAAUAAUUUCUCUUCCAGAAAUGCAGUUAUAUUCACCUCAUAGAAAUGCUCUUAUUGAAGUUCCAGAUUCUUGUACUAUGCCCAAGACUUGCAAUAUAGAACCUGCUCACUCUUUUUCAAGCAAAAAUGGUUCUACUAAUAUCUACACAGAAGGAAAUUAUUACCUUGACGAUAUUUAUAGUGAGCAAAAUGAUGGAGAAAGUGCUUACCUUGGCUCCCUAGAAGAGGAUUUACGCAGCAUUCUUCGAACUCCCAGUUUAUCUUCAUUUGCUCAGUCUUUCUCCCAUCGACGUAUCAACAGUUUGCCUUCUUUUGACCGGUCUUUUUUGCAAGAUCACAACUAUAGUUUUACCGAGCAUUCUGUAGCAGAUUCAGAGCCGACAUUUGAACACAUGCAACUUGAGGAUGAUGAGUGGUUGGUCAAGCCAUCACAGCUUUCAGGAGAAUGUGCUGCCGAUUCCGGGGAUGAGGAGUGGCUAAUUAGACCACUGCAGCCCUCAAGCAUCAAUGUUACAGAUCAUGAGGAUGAAGAGUGGGUGAUCGAGACACCACAUCUGCUAGGUGCAAAUGCUGUCGAGGAUGAAGAGUGGUUGGUCAAGCCAGCGCAACCCUUUAAUGCUGAUGGUUUGAAUUCAGAGCUCCGCUUUUUACAGGAAAAUGAUACAAGGUCCUUGCGUAUUUACGUCAAUGACAAGAAUGAGGCUGAUUUCCAGUACGUGAAGGACAUCCUCAAGAAAUCCGGGUUUAGCUGUGGCGACGCUGAUUGGUAUGCAACCAACCAGCCAGUCAGUCCAGUCAUCUUCGAGGAGGCAGAAUGCUCAUCUCACGAUCUUGAUAUGGCCAGCGACGAGCCUCACAGCAUCGCAAGGCGUAUGCUCCUGUUCGAUAUCAUCAACGAAGUACUGAUGCACAUCUACGACUCUUCCCUGGUCAAUGGCCCAUGGCAUUCGCGCUUUGAUCCACGAACCAGGCCGAUACCCAUGGGGUCCCACGUCCUAGAGGAGGUGUGGGCAAACGUUAGCUGCUACCUAAGCCUGCAGUGGAAGCCGAACCACACAGUGGAUGACGUUGUGGCGUAUGAUAUCAUGCGGAAGGAUAACUGGAUGAAUCUGUUGUACGACGUGGAGUGUGUCGCGCUAGACCUGGAGGAUCUGAUGCUGGAGGACCUUCUGGAUGAUGUUGUACUUCAGAUAGUGUUAAUAUCUAUCGACGAAUGAUAAUUGAGAGUUAAUUUUCCCUGAACGGGUAGCAGUGCAUAGAUGUUUGUAGACAUAGAAAGCAGAAUAUCCAGGAAGUAGAUAGAUAGAUGUCUGAACAGAUCGUUUGAAAUACAUAUCUUCAUUAUGUGUUUGAUCUAUGCUCUGUAUGCAUUCUAAAUUAUGGUUCUUGGUUUACCUCACAGUGUAUUGUUUUUCAUUUGGUCUGUAUUCUAACUU